ACCCAGAAUUAACUCCUACCUAUGAAGGCUGAAGAGAUAAAGGUUGAGAGAGAAUUAAAUUUGAGCCUGGAUGCAGCAGGAGCUUGGGGCUCCUUUUUUACCCAUACUAUUCUAUAUCUUUACUUUUCUUCUUUUCUGAAGCAUUUACCUUUAGUUUAAAUAUUUACAGAUCUAUCGUUUACCACGUAGGGUUUUUGUUGUGCCGUACAUUCUCAAGUUUUCAAGUUUCUCUGCUGGGAACAGAUAAAUUCUAUUAAAUAUUCAAAAUGUGUAAGUCAUGAAAAAUGGAAGGACUUUCAAUAGGAGUUCUUUAUAUCUGCAGCUUACAAAUAGUUCUGCCUGAUAGUUUUAUAACACCCCAUAUACAGCAUUUUGCAGUGUACAGAAUGCAUGCACAUACGUUAUCACUUGAUCCUUUGCACAGAAGCUCCAUGUGAUUCUUGCUAUUCUCAGCUUUGUCCAAGAUCUAAAAUUAGAACUAGGCUGACAUUACAUUUCACUUGGUUACAAGUCUGACUGAGGAUUUUAAUCAUCUGGAGCCACAUGGAAAACAAUUCUCCCUGAAAUCCUCUUUCAGCUGAUAAUCACUAACUUUGGGCAUGUCAGCUUCUGCGUCCUCUGACAGUGGUCCUUUUUGAGAUGGCAUCUGUGAUUCAGCUAUUCAGAACCUAAUGAAGUUGGUGACUCUGUGACAAUGUGGAGAAAUCAUGUCAGAAAAUGUGGUUUGUACUGGGGCUGUCAAUGCUGUAAAGGAAGUUUGGGAAGAAAGAAUAAAGAAACACAAUGAAGACCUGAAGCGAGAGAAGGAAUUUCAACAGAAGCUAGUGCGAAUCUGGGAAGAACGAGUAAGCUUAACCAAACUAAGGGAAAAGGUCAUCAAAGAAGAUGGAAGAGUCAUUUUGAAGAUAGAAAAAGAGGAAUGGAAGACCCUCCCUUCUUCUCUACUGAAACUGAGUCAGCUACAGGAAUGGCAACUUCAUAGAACUGGUUUGUUGAAAAUUCCUGAAUUCAUUGGAAGAUUUCAGAACCUCAUUGUAUUAGAUUUAUCUCGAAACACAAUUUCAGAGAUACCUCGAGGAAUUGGACUGCUCACUAAACUUCAGGAGCUGAUUCUUAGUUACAACAAAAUCAAGACUGUCCCCAGGGAACUAAGUCAUUGCGUGAGCUUGGAGAAACUAGAACUUGCUGUAAACAGAGAUAUAUGUGAUCUUCCACAAGAGCUUAGCAAUUUGUUAAAGCUUACUCACCUUGAUUUGAGUAUGAAUCACUUUACUACAAUCCCUCCUGCUGUGUUGAACAUGCCUGCUCUUGAGUGGCUCGACAUGGGAAGCAACAGACUUGAACAACUUCCUGAUACUAUAGAAAGAAUGCAAACUCUACACACAUUAUGGCUGCAACGGAAUGAAAUAACAUGCUUGCCAGAAACAAUCAGCAAUAUGAAAAACCUGGGUACUCUUGUUCUCAGCAACAAUAAACUGCAAGAUAUUCCAGUGUGCAUGGAAGAGAUGACCAAUCUGAGGUUUGUCAACUUCAGAGACAACCCACUGAAAUUGGAAGUAACACUUCCUCCUAGUGAAAGCAUAGAUGAAGAAGAGGAACGGGAAUUAUUUGGCCUUCAGUUUAUGCAUAUAUAUAUACAGGAGUCACGGAGAAGAGCAGGUAUGAGAUUUCUUUAUAACACAAGACAAAUAUUUGGUAGAAGAAUGUGUAUAUAUAUAAGUUCCUUUAUAGAUUUCUCAUUACAUCUUACCUUUUCCGUCAAAUUUUGUCUCUUGGUCAAUAUUGCGGAAGGAGGGGCCCCUGGGUGGCUCAGUCGGUUAAGCAUCUGGCUUUAGCUCAGGCCAUGAUUUCUUGGUUU